AGUAGACCAUGCUUAGUUUCCGUCUGUGAGGUAAACAGCUUGGCGAGAUGCGGGUGCAAAGUUGGACAUAAAAUAUUUAUAUCAGUCGUUAAUCCAGAAUGUGACCUACAUAUCUUCGUGAGGAUAAGCAACAGUUUGUGGUUCUCUGCUCAUUAGUACGUCAUCCUUGUGAAACAGCGUCCAUUGUCGCCGUGUGUUGACAUGUUAGUUUACAUGUUUUCCUCAUCAGCUGACGUGCAGCUCUAACCACCAUACACCAUCUGGGUUUAUAUCGUUUACCACCCAUUUUGUGUUUUAUUUAAAUCCAGUGCUGCAGAGAAAGCACAAGGGUAAAUAGGCAUUUUGGUAAAUGAUAAACACUUACAACCAGCUAACUAACAAGACCACAUUCAGGCAUGUUAGUCCAGGCAAGUUAUUGAGUCAGCCUCAACUGCUGGUGGGGAUAUUGUCCUAAAAUAAGGCUACAUCAUCUAGAUAUGGUAUGCAUGGCUUGGUAAGUUUCUGUGACUGAGCCAUGGAGGGGAUCCUGUACAAGUGGACAAAUUACAUGACAGGUUGGCAGCCUCGCUGGUUCGUCCUGGAGGACGGGACCAUCUCCUACUACGACAGUGAGGAUGACGUGGGGAAAGGAAGCAAAGGCUCCAUCAAGAUGUCCGUCUGUGAUAUCAAAGUUCAUCCUACAGACACAGCACGCCUGGAGCUGAUUAUCCCAGGAGAACAACAUUUUUACGUCCGAGCUGUCAACGCGGCAGAGAGGCAGAUGUGGCUGGUUGCGUUGGGGUCAUCUAAAGCAGGGACACUAGACAGUCAUAAACACAAAGGGCCUGACUGUAUGAAAACAAAGAUGUCUGAGCUCCGCCUCUACUGUGACCUACUUGUUAAACAAGUCCAAAGUAUUCAAUCACAGCAGAACGACAAUACAGAGACCACUCCCACAUCUGAGGCGUCUUUGCUCAGUGCGACCUGCUCCACCUUCAUCAGGACGCUAGAAGAGUGCAUGACCCUGGCCAACCACAGUCUGGCACCGGACAUCCCCCCCCUGGAGAGGACGAAGAGGUCCAUCAGUCACCCCGGGACAUAUACUUUUGACAGGUCUAAUAUAAAGGAUUCUUACGUGGCUGGAGGGCAAAGGUCAACUCCACACCGAAACCGCACUUGUUCCGACAGCUCCGUCUACGAUUCUGAACGUUUCAUGCCCGGUCUCAACGGUGACUCAUCCUCCAUCCCUGAAGAGAGAGUGGGCGGGGCUACUUUGAAGACGACACCCACUGACACAGACACCGACCUGUCGAUGUGACGGCCUGGCCGUGCGUUGGCCUCUGAUCUUGCCUACCCCCCUCGCCGGGCCUCUGGAUGCACAGUAGAACACGUAUGAACGUUGAAGAAAGACCAGGACCCAGGGCCACAGAGGGCCCCUAGAGGAGGGCCACGGGGGACUGUUAUGACGUGACGGUCCACAACCUUUCUUCCCAAAGCGAGAGAGAGAGAGAGAGAGAGAGAGAGAGAGAGAGAGAGAGAGAGAGAGAGAGAGAGAGAGAGAGAGAGAGAGAGAGAGAGAGAGAGAGAGAGAGAGAGAGAGAGAGAGAGAGAGAGAGAGAGAGAGAGAGAGAGAGAGAGAGAGAGAGAGAGAGAGAGAGAGAGAGAGAGAGAGAGAGAGAUCGAUCUUUGUGCAGGCUGCUCUCCAGGUACACUCAGAUAGGUGCAGAAGAUGUGAGAAUCUGCUUCUAAUGGUUGCCAUUACAUCAUCAAGGCUACAUAGUCACACAUGGUGUAGACGUGAUUGACAGCAACCAGUCAAAACUCAACUGAAUUGAAAUGUGGUCAACCAUGGCACCUAACCAAAAAUGAACCCUUACUGUAAGCCUACUCACUUAACCCAUAAGGGGGGAUGCACGCCGGACAUCUCUGCAGACAGCACUGAAGAUGUAAAACCAUCAUGAGCCGAAACACUAACUCCAAUACCUAGCCCUGAAGUUAGCCACAUGUUGAACCUGUGUACAGGAGGUAUUAUGCGAAUAUUGAAUGCGAGGUUGGAUUGAACAAUGGACAAAGGUGUUGGUCAAUUCCUCUUGAGUCAGGUGUUGUAGUCGUUUGUUGUGUGAGGUCAGUAUAGAUUAAUGGCAACAGGGGAACUUGUUACUCUGGGUGUCAUUUCUCCUUCGUUUAGUGGAGUUCAAUUGAGUGCUACAUAUUUUCCUUGGCACACAUUCAGCAAUUAGGAACCCCCUUUUCUGCCUGUAAGAGACUAUAUCUAUAUUUGUUGUGUGGAUGGUUGCCUCAGAAGAAAUGACUUUCCCUGUAUCAACACUAUCUUCAUUGCCUUUGUCUUCAGCCAAUUAGGUUAUGACACACGAUACUGAACCCCAGGGGGCGAACACUGAGAACAUCUUAAAGUUGAGAGCUAAUCGUAUUCUCCCCAAUAACCUAAUUCUGCUGGUUUUGCACUUUAGAAUAACAGAUAAAUUACAAGAAAUGGAUGGUCUGUACAUUUUGAUGGCAGUAUUGGCUGAGAUGAUGAUGGAAGAUGACACGAGGGAUAGAAGAUGUUUUCCCUAGCCAUGGUGUUAAAAGUGAAGUAUUACGCUUUCUGUUUGUCAAGUUUGCUGCAACAAACUGUAGCCGGGAGGCAGCAGCUGUGCUUGUGUAUAGCUUGAAUGGAAUUCACCUUUUGCUUUUUACAAUAAUGGCCUCAAAAACACACAUGUUGAUUUACUCUACCAGAGAGAGCUUCUGGUCACAAGAGACCUUUGAGUGUUGAAUGUAACCACGUGCAUAUGGUUUGUCAGAAUCGUAGGUCGAACCUCUUUCAAAAAUUCACAUGUUUCAGUAAUUAACACAGACAUUUGCCAAAUAAAGAUCUCAUUCAAAAUAAGGACGUUCAAAUGUAUAGUAGAUGGUGUGUUAAUGGGGGUUAGGAGCUGGGAACUUUGAUCCAGCAAGGACUGCAGAGCAAGGAGUUCUUCCUUUCAAUGUCUUCUAUCUUCGUCUAUUUUCUUUGUGUGCAUCUUUAAACUGUCCUUUCUACUCCGAGAGGGAGGAGUAAGAAAAAAUCUUAAAAUAUUUAAUACAACUAAAUAUUACAUUAAAUUUACUUUAUAGUGCUGUUGCUGUGUGGCUGAAGUUGCAUUGAGGGUGCCCUAGCUUCUCAUGUUGGUCUUUGUCACCUGAACGGCCUGUGAUUCCAUUCCUUUAAAGAUGUUGUUUGUGAUGCUCCGGGGGUGGACCAUACUGGGGAGGAUGUAGGCUUGGAAGGCUGAGUGAAAAGACACAGUAUUUCACCCUCACUCAGUCACUGUAUGUUGCUGCGGAUAAAAGAGUUAGGUAAAUGACUUAAUAGCACAUAGUAGAGGUGGUCUUGUUUACUGACACAAGGUCAUGACCUUGUGUACUGUACCAGCCAAGGUCACAAGGUCAUGAACAGACAUGCAAGUGAGUGAGUGAUUGUUGCUCCACUGUUAGUAACUUAUUUUUCAACUGUAUUAUCUUAUUUACAACCCUAUUGUGUGUGUUGGGGUACUCCAUGUUGUUCCGUUCGGCCAAACCAGAGGAGAGUGUUCUCAUGCCUUAUUAACUGUCCCCCAACGGCCCCUGGUCUAGAUUAAACCUUCAGGAGUUGGACUCUUCUUGUCUCUGUCAGAUGUGUGUGUCUGUGUGUGCAUGGCCUGCACACCUAAACCUACAUGCUAGUAACUCCCUACCCAAACACUCAUUAUUAUGGCCUUGAGAUAAGCCUUUGUUGAAAGUUUAACUGUAGGCCUUCUAACCCAAAAAAAAAGGCUUUCUUUUUACCUCUGUUUGAAAUGUCUCUGGUUUCUCAACAUUGAUUUACCCCGGCAGUGAGGGAGUCUCACGCGAGUGAUCACCAAACACACCUCAUCAUUCCCUUAUCUCACUCCUCUCCCCUACCCUCUUUCCCGUGACAAAAUCCAAUAAUAAUACACGAGCAAUGUAGUGAGACGCUUGGGAACAAGCAUGCAGGUACCAGGAAUGGGGAGGAGAGGCCCUUGGUAAACAGAGCUCUCUGAUGCGUGGCUGUGCCUGUGUGUACAAAGGGUGUGGGUAUGCACUGCCCAAUGUCUUGUGGCCGCACUACACUAACUGAUGGGAGACGUAAAAUCGUGACCGCUUUGCACCUGUCUCAAGGAGCUGACUCACCGAGACGUCAGCUGUGUGCCGGUAGAGGGAAGGAAAGGGGAAGGAUUAAGAUUGUUUUGUUCUCUCGUGUGUUCUCUAUCUUGGUAAAUAGACAUAAAGGCAUUACUGGUAUAUCUAACGUGCUACGUCACUGGAUACAUAGGGAGCCUUCUGUUUGUUGAUUGUAUUGAUGCACACACUUGUUAUCAUGCAGUCGGCGGGGGUGUCAAUCAAGCCAAAGGAACAGGUAACCGGCUGGGAGUAGUUAGGAGGAUAUUGGGUUCCGGCUCUGAGACACCUUGGAGGGUUGUCACAGGAACAAGGAUCGGACCAGACACCAAUCAGUGGCUGUCCGCUUUUCUUCUUUGCUUCAUUACAGAGGUUCUACCUCGGAGACCUUCGCUGUCUCGACAUGUCAAUAGAAGAGGACCAAAAUUGUGGAUCUGGUCUUACAGACGAUACUAAUGACGGACCCAAGGCCAAGCCGGGACCCGCCCCGGAGGUGCUGGACCUGACCCGCUGCGCCGCCUGCUAUGACCAGAAGAAGCGCUCCAUGCCUCGUCACCAUGGCGACAGCGAGUCCAGCUCGGAGGCCUCGGAUCAUGAAGAAGACUGGGACUCGGAGUCCAGCUCCAGUAGCAGCUCUGAGGCCGCCUCACGCCCCGGGGCGGAUCAGGAGGACGCGCCUGGGUCCCCUGGGUCCGGACCAGGAGCUCCAGAGGCUCUGGAGGUGCAGAACAGAGAUGUCGAGGACAUGAGGACCGUGCUGCUCUCUGCCCCGUCCCGCAGUCGCUUUCGUCGGCCUCUUUCGGUGGUUUCCACCCUUCAGCUGCAGGUGUUGCCCAGCAACCAGGGUGACGUCACAGUCUACACCCAGGCCGGGUACAGUGGCCCUGAAUAGUAUUGUCAAUUAGUGAUAAUGGAGCAUCCAAGCUGAGAAGAGCCACACCCCCUCUCUCCUCCCUUCUUCCUGUCUCCUCCCCCUCACUCUCUCUCUUGGUUCUCUCUCUCUCUCUUGGUUCUCUCUCUCCUCCCUCUCUCCCCUUGUCUCUCUCUCCCUCUGUCUCUCUCUCUCUGUCCCUUAGUCAGUAAUAAUGGAGCCCAGCAGUCCUAAGAAGCUACAGUUCGAUGUCCCCCCGCUCCAGGGCCAACUAGACCCCCAGGCCGCCGAACACAUCCGUCGCAGAAGACCAACUCCGGCCACUCUGCAGAUAUACAGACUGCCCAUUGGAACAGAUGCGGGAGGACACACUGCAAGUGGAGAGACGCAGGAUCCAGAGGCCGCUCAGAGGAAGCAGGGGACCUACGCUGCGCCCACCAUGAAAGAGCUUCAGAUGGGGGUGGAACAACAUCUUCUCGGUCCAGACGUCUGUGAGACUGACGGCCAAAUGAGUCCCAUCACAGCACAGCUUUAUGGCAGUCCUGCUCUGUGGGACAAUCACAAUGGGCCGGAGGAGGCCAAUGGGAAUGAGACAGUGCUGCUUUUGGCCAAUGAAGCGAGAGGAGUAGCAGACAGCAACAGUUCAGGGGGCAAGCAUUCCCAGCCGGACCCUUCUCUACCUGAGGAAGACCAGGACACCGCACCACCGCAAGACUGAGCGACCAGCGAUGACAUCAUCAUCAUCAUCAUCACCAUCACACUAGCUCCACCCUUCAUCAACUUAACUUUAAGGGCCACCGUCUCUGCACUGGCAGUAGAUCAGACUCCAGAUCAGCCACAAGUGCGCCAUCAUUAUUAUUGACAUAUUCAGUUUGGCCAGUAGCCAGGAGACAAUGAACUAGUUAAAAUGUACACCUUUUCUCUUUUAGAUGGAGCUACUCAUUGUGUUUAUUUUCUGUCUUGUAGAAUCGUCCCCUGUAUAUCGAAUAAAUCAAUGGGCCUAACUAUGCUGCAGGGUAGCAAACGGCCUCAAUGAUUCUACAAAGACUGACGGGAAACCAAUAAAUAUUAAGAACUACAAAGCAUUUAGUUGUGAUUGUUUUUAGAGAAUAAAUGUAGUCAACCGUGAGUUAGGGGGAAAGUGAAAGUGUGUACACACACAGCAUAUUCAUCUUUUUUUCCUGUGGCCUUUCUUGUAUUUUUUUCUAUUUAGAUAAACUAUUGUCAUAACCAUAGAAACAUGUAACAAAUAUAUACGCUUUUCUUUUUAAGUGUAAAUUACAAAUAAAUAAUUGUAUUUUUUUUUCUGCAUUUCAUAGCACGUUUAGGGAAUAUAUCCAGUGAAUGACACACUACAAUGUAAUUUUUUUUUUGGUAAUUCAAACUCAAAGAUAAACCCAUUUAUUUGUCAUUUAACUACACAUUCAGAAUCCAAGAGACAGGUUAAAAGACUGAGAAAACAGCAACCACAUCAAAUGGUAUAAUGUGUCCAUGUUUUCACCCCCUUACAGUAUACUGCAGUAGAAACAUCACACACUAUGUGUUAAGCAGGGAGAAUACAAAGGCAUGUACUCGGCUGCCCAAAAGCAGGGGUGGAAAACCUUUUUGCUAACAAUAUUGUAGUUGUACAGCGAGUACAAUGUUGAGCUACUUGUGUUUCACUUCACUUAAAUUUUUGACUUUAUUUUACUGUCCUGCUUGUAUUUUACCUGUGAAAUGUAAAAUAUUUACCAAGUC